GGCAUUGCCAGGCUGCAUUUCCGGCUUCCCGUCAAAGUAGGCUAGGCCUACUGAGUUUAUUCAUUCGACACUACUUUUUGUGAACACAACACUCAAAAAUGCUCAUUUAAAGGCUAAUGAAAAGGGGUUUAAACUCUCUCUGUGUUGGAAUAUUUUCGUAAUGAAUAUAACGGAUUUAUAGAUGUAGCAUGAGCUGGACAGAGCAGGAGGCUGGAGCGUCUGCUGUGGCUGAGAACCCAGAGCCUGAGGAUGAAGCAGAUCUGCCACAGUGGCAACCACAGAGGGAUGUGAGAGCCCAAGCUUCCGGGGAAGCAGAGGAAGAUGGGCCAGAGGAAGAUGCUGCUUUGUCACAACCAGCUGAGGGGACAGCUGACUUUGGGGAGGGUAAUGGGCGGCAGCCGGUGAGGAUUAAUAAUGAUGAGGUAGGAAAUGGGCACGUCCAAGGUGUGGAUGGAGGAAAUGCUGAGGGUGUCUCUGUGAGUGAGCAGAAUUCCAGGAUGGAGGGAGAUGUCGUGGGUGGGGGUGCUGCUGCAGGGCAGGACAGAGACACAGAGGUGGGUGAUGUUGGUGCAACAGCCGAGGAAGGGGACAGUUUUGAGCAGGAUGAGGAGCUUGCGGCACCCGAGUGUGAGACGGGGCUACGGGAUGUUUCCUGCAGUGAAAGUGAUCGGCAGCUGCUUUUGGCUGUGAAUGAAACCGGUGUCGAAUCGAGUCAAAAUGUUUCGCCUGCUCAUGUAGAAGCAGAGGAAGCUGAAGCCAACCAGCCAAAUGGUGGGGGAGAUAUUGCUGUGAUCAAUCAAGAACCAGAAGACAAUGUUGCAAAUAGACGGGAACAGAGUCAAGCUUUGGCAGAGAGUGAAAGCUCCUCCCGUCAAUUCAGUGGUGAUAUUCAGGUUGUUAACAACUUAGACGAUGCUCCAGAGGCAGAGCUGGAUGGUCUCGGGGGAGAGAUGGUGGUAGAAGCCUGUGAAGAGGACGCAGUUGUGGCCGACCCUACUGCUGAGGUUGCUGAACCAGCCGCAGAGGGGGCUCAGCUGUGUGAUGUGAGGGCAGGAGAGACUAGUGAGAGCUCCUCUGCCUGUAAUGUUGGAGGACAUCUGGCCAAAGAAGAUAGUGAGCCAGAGCUUCAGGUGCCAGAGUGUGAUCGUGAAGUUCAGACACAGCAAGAUAGCCCUGAUCGUGGAGAUGCUGAUCUACCAGAAGUCAGACAGGCAGAGAAUCAGAAUGUGUCUGCUCCGAUAUCGGCAUCAGCACAUGAAGAGCAGCAUUCACAUGAUCUACAAAGUUCCAAUAUAGCAAAUGGUCUGGACCAAAGUUUAUCAGAGAGUGAAGUGCAAAGUGUGGGUGAGAAUGGUGGGGCUGAGGGUUCAGAAGUGCACUCACUUAGUAGGGAGUCUCCCCCUGAAGAGCAAGAGUCGUUCCCCUCGGGGGAUGCACAUGCUGUGAUAUGUCACCCUGAGAAUGUUGCUGGUGAGGUGAGGCCGGAGGCUACUUCUGCAAGUGGCGAGGGAGGAUCUGAGACCUCUCUCAAAGGCUGUCCCAACACUUCUCCUUCUGAGCCCAUUCAGGAGAGUCACUCAGAUUCCCCCGUAGCACCUCAAGGUGAGAUCAACAGUGCAAUGCCUCAGGCCAGAAACUCUGCUGAUGGAGAGGAUGUUCCUCUCAGCACUGUCUUUAAGUCAUCACAGCCUGCCAGUGCUUCAGAGAAAAACAUAACAGCACCACCAGUGAAUAGUCAAACUUCUGCCAGUGUGAAAACAUCCCAGCAUGAUUCGAAUGUUCAAAAUGACAGAGCAGUGGAACAACAGUCGCCGUCCCCCUCCGCAAAAGCCAAUGCCUCAUCGUCCUUGUCAGACCUUAGUUCUGGCAUAUCUGAUCCCCCCACCCCAUCGAGGCAGGCCCCUUCCACUGGUUCUGAUUCUGAUUCUGAUUCUUAUCAACGCAAACUGGCCCGCGCCUUGCAGAUUGAUGAUGAUGAAGAUGACGACGAUGAUAUCUUGUCACAGCUAGAUGCAGCGCUUUUAUCCCGGUCACCAAUUUCAAGACCAAAGAUCAGCAAGGGGGCUGGGGCCGUCCAUAGAAGUGCCCCUCAGAGAAGUCCGCCAGAGCUGUUAAAUGGAGUACAGCCAUCCUUUGAAUUGAAACAGCUACAAACUCAUAAUCGGCAGCUCUUGGAACAGCUCAAGAUUCGAGAUGCUGAAAUCAACAGAUUGACUCAGGAAAGAAAUACUAGUCGAGAAGAGCUUUCCAUGGUUACUUCAGAGAGGGACAAAAUGCGGAGUCAGCAGUCUUCUUCUCCUGGCCAUAAUGCUGACGAUGUUUACCUGCCACAAAUCAAAGAGAUGGAAAAGACAAUUGCACAGCUACAAACAGAGCUGAAAGCCACAAAAGAGAAGCUGGUGUCUCAUGAUACUGCUGCUAAGCGGGCUGUAACUACUCUUCAGAAUGAACUAAAAGCAAGGGUUGAUCAGGUGACCAAGCAGUAUGAGGACUGUCAGCGCGAGAAGGACAUGAUGGUGGUUCGGUUUGCCGAAGCGGAGGCCAAGACACUGGAGUCUCGCAGGAUGGUGGAGAAGUGGGAAACCAAGAUCAAGGACGCCAUCCGUGAGAAAGAGAACAUGGCAGGUGCUGUCAAAACUGCCAAAGCGGACCGGCAGAAAGCAAUGAGCAGCUAUGAUGCUAAAUGCCAUGAGGUGAGCAAUCUUCUCAAAGAACUGGAAAAGUUGAAGGAAGCCACAUCCUCGGCAGAGUACAGGAUCAAGUGGUUUCAGAACAAGCUUAAGGAUGAACUGGAUUCUCAUAAGGAAACCAAAGGAAACCUUGAGAAAACCACAUCCAAACUGAAGGAGGCGAGAGAGGAGACGGAGGUUAUUCGACUAGAGUGCCAGGCCAUAGUGAAAAGAUAUCAGGAAUCUGAAGAGAUCAAGUCGAACAGCCUGGACAAAGAGCUUAAGAUGAAAGAGUCAGAGCUGAAGAUGCAGAUGCAGGAGCGAACAGACACAGAAGAAAUUCAUCAGAUGACGAAGCGGGAAUUGGAUUCUCUCAAAGGUCAGCAUAAGGACACAUUGGAGGAGGCGAAAACGCUCAAGGACAAGGUCCAUUGUCUGGAAGAGGAGCGCCAGCAGAACCAUCAGAUGAUCGAGCGUUACCAGGAGAUCAUGCAGAGACAGAAGGGAGACAAUGUGGACCUCAAGGCCAAAGUCACGUCAAUGUCUACUCUACAGGAAGAUUACGACAGGGCGCAAGACAUGAUCAAAAGUCUGGACAAGGAUGUGGCAGAGUUCAAGGUGUCAAACCGUGACCUCCAGAAAGACAUGGAGCUGUGCCGGGAGCGAGAAUCAAAGAUGCUGACGUUGCAGUCGGAGCUUAGCCGUACGAAUGCCCUGCUGCGCUCGGAGAACACCAGUCUGAACAACAAAGCAUCGACUUUGACUGGUGAAGUUGAGAAGCUGAAAAUGGAAAUACAAGAACUAGAGACAACUGUGAAAGAUCUGAGUGAUAAGUAUGAGGAGGAAAAGAUGAAAAGAAAGGAAGAAAUUGACAAAUUGACUGCAGCUCUCUCAGAAAGGAGUAAAGAAAGUAGUGAUUUCAAACAGAAAUGGGAGGAUGAAGUGGACAGUAGCAAGACCCUCAAGAGGAGACAUGCCAACAAUGUCAAGGACCUGACGCGGCAGUUGCAACAAGUGAGGAGGAAACUGGAGGCUAUGGAAGGCAAAGGCGACGCGGGCAGUAUGGGCUCUCGCACCAACUCCAACGGGAGCCUCAACUCCAUUGAUGCUGUCAACUCCCAGGCUCCACACCCACCGCCGCAGCCCUCGGUACAGGAGUUCCCUGUGAUCACGGAGCAGGUGGAAGUGGACAAGCAGGUGCUCAUCGAAAGAAUCGUGCGGCUGCAGAAGUCACACGCUCGCAAGAAUGAGAAGCUGGAAUUCCUGGGUGAACAUAUACAGCAGCUGCUGGAAGAGAUCAAACGGAAGAACAAGAUCAUUCAGAGUUAUGUACUUCGUGAAGAGGCUGGCACUUUAUCUUCUGAAGAUAUGGAUGCGAAUAAGGACACAGUCAAUAAAGCAUAUAAGGCUGAGGCUCAAAGGGAGAUACAGACUCUGUUGUCCCGUAAGGGCGGCAUCAUGGCCUCUGUGUACUCUCUACACCAGCAGGAUGGUAACAUGACGCUAGAGCUCUCGCUGCAGAUCAACCGCAAGCUGCAGGCUGUGUUGGAGGACACUCUGCUCAAGAACAUCACUCUCAAGGAGAACCUGGACACUCUGGGUGAGGAGAUAGCACGACUCUCACAGCAGAACAGAAAGCUACAGCUUCAUCUUCAAGAUCUAGAGAAACGCUGACCCCGUUCUUGUGAAUGUGUGAACACUUGGUGAAUGUAUUAGUGGCUGUGGGUUUUGUGCUUUGUACUGUUCUAUGCAUGGGUAUGAUUGUGUGUGUGUGUGUGUGUUUGAAGAUGAGUAAGACGUGGUGAGACAGGAGUGACAAUGUUGUGCAGGGAUUGCUCUGUGAUGGCUUUGAUUGUGGAUCUGCGUGAUUGAGUUUUGCUGAGUGUGCUUGUGCAAGAGACUUUGUUACGUGGACUGCAGCAAUAGAGUCGACUUUCUCCAAAACCACUCUUGGCUCUUUUGUAUACUUGGCUUGAUGAACCACAGUCUAUCUCAGCUUGAUUAUUUUAAAGAUUAGAACAUGCUUUCUGAAUAUUUAUUAACUUUAUUUUAGCUAUUCCAGCUUUACUGGUUCGAAAAGCAUUUUUAAAGUGAAAGCAGCAGUCAGCAGACCUUGUCCGUUGAAAAUUCAGUUAUAUUCAAAGUGUGUAAACAUUUUGAGAACUGUAAUACUUUUUUAGCCUUUUUUUCUUGCUGUGAAUUUCUCUAUCUGGGUCCUUUUGAAAUGAGGUGCCAUUGGUUUUGUUCAUGUCUAUUGUGUUGAUCUUUUGAGGGAAAAUAUAUACAGUGGUCUCCGCCUAAAUGCACGCCAUACAAAAGCACACUCCGCUCAACCGCACGCUUUCGUCAUCUGAUGGGUUUUUUACUAUAUACCUUAGACAUACAAACGCACGGUCACACCCUCUAAAUGCCCGCUCCGAUCUGUAAAACACGCGGACAGGUGGGACCUAAAGCUUGACUAAGGGACAUUUUCCCUACAAUCUGCACAGCUUUCAUUAAGACAAGCCUAGAAAACGGGAUAUUUGGUGAGACUGCCCCUCACGCUGAACAAAGAGAGUGAUGGACAGCGUU